ACUGGUUUAUGUUGUUCGGUUUCCAGUUUCGGACCUGAUCGGUCAUUAUCAACAGAAAGAAACAGCUCCGAGGUUCCAUUAUCAAAAUCUUUAACAGUAGCUCCGUGAUCCUCAUCACCACUGAACUUCCCUCUUCUGAUUUUUUGCCCUAAAACCUCAUUUUCUCAACUCCACCACGCGUUUUGCUUCCCACCUUCCCUUUAUUCGGGGGCCAAAGUUCGAAAUGGUUACCAGGAGUAGGAGAUUUAACUGUUGAUCUUCGUUCUCACUUCCGAAUUCCUCCUUUGGUUGCCAUUGCUUGGCACCCAGAAGUCUCCAAGAAUUUUUAUUUUUUAAUUUUAACCAACGCUUUGUGCAGCAUCACCAAUAUUUCCCGAAUCCCAUCCAUACAAUGGUAUGUGGAUCUCAUUUUCAUGCAAGCGCUCCCUUUGUACUUGAUUUUUCCUGCCUUCAUGAGCGAGAUCUAGGGUUAACAUGCUGCCUCAUGUUUUCGCUUUCCUGGCUUGUCUAGAAUUUUCUCACUGUCGGCCAGAUUGGUUCUUCAUGGCCUCCAUCUGAAGCUCCAGUAGUCUAUUUGUAUUAGCUUCUUUUCGCUAUGCUCAAGCAAUUCUUCAGCAAGCUUCCUCGGAAGUCAUCCAAAUCCGAUGUGGAGGAGCCAUAUCGGGACUCAGUGGCCGCUUCGCCGCGCGUCACCGGGAGGGCUAAUCGGCAGAACGGUGGGAGUUCUUCCACUCGAUCCAAUGCUGUGAAACGUACUUCUUCGUCGGCGGUUUUCCCCGCGAGCAUCGUGUCUGGGAUCGAACCCUUGGUGCCAUUCAAAGAUGUGCCAAAUGCAGAGAAGAUGAACCUAUUUGUGAGUAAGUUGAGCCUUUGUUGCAUGACUUUCGAUUUCACUGACCCUGGCAAGAAUGUCGUGGAAAAAGAUGUCAAAAGGCGAACAUUGCUCGAGCUCGUCGAUUUUGUCGCUUCUGGGUCGACUAAAUUCAGUGAACCUGCUAUUGUUGCUAUGAGUAGAAUGUGUGCUAUUAAUCUCUUUAGGGCUUUCUCGCCACCGUAUCGGUCUCAUGGGAGUGGUGCUGGUGGCGAGAAUGACGAUGAUGAACCAGUAUUUGACCCUGCUUGGCCACAUUUACAGCUUGUGUAUGAAUCGCUGCUUAGUUUUAUUAAUUCUCCGUGUCUUGAUGCUAAGGUGGCGAAAAAGUAUAUUGAUCAUUCAUUUAUCUCGAGAUUGCUUGAAUUGUUUGAUUCAGAGGAUCCAAGAGAAAGAGACUGCUUGAAGACUAUUCUGCACAGGGUUUAUGGAAAGUUCAUGGUGCAUAGGCCCUAUAUUCGAAAAUCUAUUAACAACAUAUUUUACCGAUUUGUGUAUGAGUCUGAGAAGCACAAUGGCAUUGCUGAGUUAUUGGAGAUUUUUGGGAGCAUAAUUUGUGGGUUUGCCUUGCCUUUGAAAGAGGAGCACAAAAUCUUUUUAUGGAGAGUUUUGAUCCCCUUGCACAAGCCAAAAUCCAUGGGUGCUUAUUUCCAGCAAUUGUCCAAUUGCGUUAUACAGUUCGUGGAGAAGGAGCCGAAGCUGGCCAGCACUGUUAUAAGGGGUUUGUUAAAAUAUUGGCCAAUAACAAAUAGUCAGAAGGAGGUCAUGUUCUUGGGCGAAAUGGAAGAGAUUUUGGAAGUAAUCAACAUGGUAGAGUUCCAGAGGGUUAUGGUCCCAUUGUUUUGGCGGAUUGGUUGCUGCAUUAACAGCUUACACUUUCAGGUAGCUGAAAGGGCCCUUUUCUUAUGGAACAAUGAUCAUAUUGUGAACUUGAUUGCACAUAACCGUCAGGUGAUCCUGCCCAUCAUAUUUCCAGCACUAGAGAGAAACUCUCAGAGCCACUGGAGCCAACCUGUGUUCAAUUUAACCCUUAAUAUUAGAAAGAUGUUCAUAGAGAUGGAUGACAAGCUCUUUCUGUCGUGCCAUUCUCACUUCAAGGAGGAAGCAGCCUUCCUAAUCUCAGCGGCCGAGAAGCGAAAAGAAGCGUGGGAACAACUAGAGCAAGCAGCCAGUCUCCGGCCAGUGAUCGGGAAUACAGCUGUUUUAGUGUGUCCUUUGACAACCUAAGUUGCAUGUUAUAUUUCCAUGUUUUUUAUUUUCCCUUUUUCCGCUGUUGUGGUGGAAAUGGCCGUUAAUGGGGGCGUUAAGGUAUUUGUUUUAGGUGAUAUCUAUAUGCGGCUGCCAGCCUGAUGUUGUAUAUCAGGGUUUUGAUUGCGACUGUGUGGAAUGCUAGUUAACUCAUGUAAGGACCACGCAGCUGAUCGAAACGAUUUUCUGCAUUAUCUUAUUAACAAACCAAAGUACUGUUCUUAGAUAGGGUGUCUCCUAAACAUGUGAUUUGCAGAAGACAAUGGGAAAUAGUUAUGUGGAUAUUUAAAGUAAAAUAUGUUUCAAGAA